CGAUAAAUAACACCAUUCCAAAUGUCCCUUGCAUUACUUAGAACGGCGUGCCGAAGGACAGUUACUCCUGUCGUUGGCAACUCACUUGUAUGGCGAUCAAUUGCCACUCAACCCACUAGAAAUCUAGCUAGCAAGGACGAGCAAUUGGAAUCACUAAUUCCUUCCAAGGAAGACUUAAAAUCUGUUAAACUUAGUCGACCAGUUCCACAAGCUGUCAAUUCCUACAACUUGACCAUCUCCAAACUUCUUGCAGCUGGCUUGCACUUGGGUCAUUCUACCAGUCUCUGGAAUCCCGCCACACUUCCCUUCAUUUUCGGUACCCGUGCCGGUAUCAGUAUCAUCAACUUGGAGCACACCUUGGUCUAUCUUAGGCGAGCAUGCAACGUUGUGCGAGAAGUAGCACAACGCGGAGGUACCGUCCUCUUUGUUGGAACUCGUCCCGAAAUAUCCGAGUUGACUAUAGAUGCGGCUCGCACUGCUGAAGGAUAUCAUGUUUCUGGAAAGUGGACCCCAGGAACUCUUACAAAUGCUCACCAGGUGCUUGGACGACAUGCUACACCCGAUCCUCAAGAUCCUGGUAGACCACCAAAGACAUAUAAGCCGGAUAUCAUGAUUUUGUUCAACCCACUCGAGAACGAUAUUGCCAUUGCUGAAGCCCAAUUGAACAACAUCCCUACUAUCGCCAUUACCGACAGUGACUACGACCCACGUCGAGUGACAUACCCCAUUCCAGCCAACGAUGAUUCUAUUCGUGGUGUUGAAUUGGUAGCCAAGGUGUUGGCUGCCUCAGCGAGAGAGGGUGUUAUCAAACGCAAGCAAUUGAUGGAUCGCAAAGAGAAGAGCAUGAAGGCCUCCCGAGACUACAGAAAUCAAUAUGAAGGUGGACGAUCGAGUAAUUAGAGAUUAUAAAAAGAAAAAAGAACAUAUAUGUUUAUAUAUAUUCACUGUGGUUUUAUUUGCAAACAUCUAACAUUAUAGACACUAUAAAAAAAAAAGUAUUAAAAAAUGACAAUGUACAAAAGGUCUAA